CUUUUUUUUUUCUUUUUUUCGGAGCUGGGGACCGAACCCAGGGCCUUCCACUUGCUAGGCAAGCGCUCUACCACUGAGCUAAAUCCCCAACCCCUCAGUUGGCAUUUUUGAGCAGUUGGAACCGGUUAAUCUACAGAAGCCCGACCAGUUGCCACUAGCACGGAUUUGGGGAUAAGAAGAACAAGACCCCCAGCAUUUAAUGAUGGCUUCCUAUCGCCCUAUGUGGUUUCAAGUGCUUUCUGGAUGCUAUAAUCACCCCUAAUUCAGGAGCAUAAAUACCACCUUCUCUCUCUUACAAGUGACUAAACUGAGGCACAGAGAGUGACAUGAUGGUGAGCACUGGUGCUUAUAACCAAGCUCACUCUGAAUUCUGCAGCCAUUCUUCUUAACACUGUGUUUUCCGGGUGUCACAACAGAAAAUAUUUCCAUGAUUAAAAACAAAUGAAGGACAAGCAAUUAUUUUUGGUCUUUUACUCUAUCUAUCUAUCUAUCUAUCUAUCUAUCUAUCUAUCUAUCUAUCUAUACUCCCUGUAGCUCUUUCAGAGGUAUGUUCUAGAUUCCAAACAAAAAUACUGCUCAAGUCAAUUUAUAUAGUCUUAGCUUCUUUUUUGAAGCCAGGACCUUGUGCAUACUAGACCACUGCUCUCCGACUGACUAAGCUAAAUCUCCAGCUGUGUCUUCAUGGGUCUAUUGAGAGGCUUUAUACAUUGUUUAUUGUCUUAUUAGACCUGGACACCAUUUGUAUUUAUUGGGGGGCGUUGUUUUUGGAUUUGAAUGCAAUUUAAAUCUGCCACAGAUGUCUACAUUAUUAUACAACCCAACGUUAGAUUGUAACGAUGUACUAACAAGGCAAAGAAGAGCUAUUAAACAGUCAAGUGUCAGGUCAGUUUCAGAGACCUCAGAUUCAGAUCUCCAACACGUGUGUGUGUGUGUGUGCGUGUGUGUGUGUACAUGUGUGUGUGCACACGCAGGUGCAUGCAGUGUUCCUUUGUUGGGCUUGGAAUACAUUAAAAUUAAAAAAAAAAAAACUAACAAACAUCAUACCCACAGACCUAACAUUCAUGCUUCCAAAGACCGACCAAAAGUGAUUGCUUUAAUCCAUAGUUCCCAGCACAGCCGGUGAGCAGUCCUGUCAAGGUCUGUAGGUUGGAGGAUGCAUUCUUCCUUCUUUCAGUCUAAACAGUGAACUUUAAUAAACUCAGUCUGAAACAAUUCUUGCACCUUUUCUGCAUCUAUUUAAGAUUAUCUUUGUCUUUUUUUUUUCAAAGCAACAUAAUAGCAAAAUAAGUCUACUCAAUGCUUUUUCCUGCCUUGUCACUCAAAUUCAGGCUUGUGCUCUCACUUAUUGAAGCUGUUAUUUAUGUGUAAAUUAAGAUAGUUUAUUUUAAAAUGGCCCUGCAACUUCACUCGCCUUGAGAGGUUUUGCAAGAGGGAUUUGUUUUAUAUUUUUAUUUGCAUUUGCUCAGUAGUCAAACUUUGGCCCAGAAAAUCGUUAAUGACUUGGAGACUUCCCUUGUUCUGUGGCAGAGAGCAGAGACUGAGCUUCGUCCGGUCACCUGGGAAGGAGAGACCCCACUCUAACAGCAGGGGGCUGGCUGCCAGAACACAAAGUUGGCUGUUUUUGCAACUGGAAACUCAGGAGGGAUGGGCGGGGACCCGGUCCAACCACGCAACUAAGGAGUAAGCGAGCCUCAGACAACUCCACAGAGAGCAGGGCAGUGUGAGCACGUUCGGACACAGGCUUAGCAUCCCACUUGCUCCAGCAGCGCCUCCCAAGGCCAGACGCAGCUUUCCAUUGAAGGCGCAGAGUCCCCAGACCUGGGCUCAGCCGCACCCGUCGGUCGCCCCUUUCUCUUCUCUCCCUAGCUGCACACAGACGAGCACGUGAGCUGGGCAGCUCGCCCCAGCUGGGGCUCAGCUGACCUCCUCCUGAUUGGCUGAGAGCAACGUGGGCUGGGGUGGGGCCUGGCCGCCUGCGUCCUUUCCCAUUGGCUCUCGGGGAACCCGCCUCCGCUCAGGUGAGGCGGGCCCGCGGGUGCGCGCGUCGGGCUUAGCGGGCGCGCGCAGCCCUUUGCUCCCCUCCCCUCGCCGCGCGCCCGAGCGCGCCUCCGCCCUUGCCCGCCCCCUGCCGCUGCCUCAGCGCCUCAGUGCACAGAGGCUCCUCGUCUGAGGGGACGCGAGGACUGUCCUCGCUACCGUCGCGAGCAGUGUCUGGCCAGGCCUUGACAAGCCAGCCGGAGGAGCAACUAGGAACCCGAACCAGAGCCCGGCGAGCGCAGCCUGCAGCUCCCGCCUCGCCGUCCCGGGGGGGUGUCCCGCCUCACACCCCGCCUCUGGACUUGCCCCUUUCUCUGCGCGUGAGGACAGAGCCGGCGCUUAGGCCGGAGCGAGCCCAGGGGCUGCCGGCCGGGAAGACACCGCGGGCACCGAUUCGCCAUGGAGGGCGCCGGCGGCGAGAACGAGAAGAAAAAUAGGAUGAGUUCCGAACGUCGAAAAGAAAAGUCUAGGGAUGCAGCACGAUCUCGGCGAAGCAAAGAGUCUGAAGUUUUUUAUGAGCUUGCUCAUCAGUUGCCACUUCCCCACAACGUGAGCUCCCAUCUUGAUAAAGCUUCUGUUAUGAGGCUCACCAUCAGUUACUUACGUGUGAGGAAACUUCUAGAUGCUGGUGAUCUUGACAUUGAAGAUGAAAUGAAAGCACAGAUGAACUGCUUUUAUCUGAAAGCCCUGGAUGGCUUUGUUAUGGUGCUAACAGAUGAUGGUGACAUGAUUUACAUUUCUGAUAACGUGAACAAAUACAUGGGGUUGACUCAGUUUGAACUAACUGGACACAGUGUGUUUGAUUUUACCCAUCCAUGUGACCAUGAGGAAAUGAGAGAAAUGCUUACACACAGAAAUGGCCCAGUGAGAAAGGGGAAAGAACAAAACACGCAGCGAAGCUUUUUUCUCAGAAUGAAAUGUACCCUAACAAGCCGGGGGAGGACGAUGAACAUCAAGUCAGCAACGUGGAAGGUGCUGCACUGCACAGGCCACAUUCAUGUGUAUGAUACCAGCAGUAACCAGCCGCAGUGUGGCUACAAGAAACCGCCUAUGACGUGCUUGGUGCUGAUUUGUGAACCCAUUCCUCAUCCAUCAAACAUUGAAAUUCCUUUAGACAGCAAGACAUUUCUCAGUCGACACAGCCUCGAUAUGAAAUUUUCUUACUGUGAUGAAAGGAUUACUGAGUUGAUGGGUUAUGAGCCAGAAGAACUUUUGGGCCGUUCAAUUUAUGAAUAUUAUCAUGCUUUGGACUCUGAUCAUCUGACCAAAACUCAUCAUGACAUGUUUACUAAAGGACAAGUCACCACAGGACAGUACAGGAUGCUUGCAAAAAGAGGUGGAUAUGUCUGGGUUGAGACUCAAGCAACUGUUAUAUAUAAUACGAAGAACUCUCAGCCACAGUGCAUUGUGUGUGUGAAUUAUGUUGUAAGUGGUAUUAUUCAGCACGACUUGAUUUUCUCCCUUCAACAAACAGAAUCUGUCCUCAAACCAGUUGAAUCUUCAGAUAUGAAAAUGACCCAGCUGUUCACUAAAGUGGAAUCUGAGGACACGAGCUGCCUCUUCGACAAGCUUAAGAAAGAGCCCGAUGCCCUGACUCUGCUAGCUCCAGCGGCUGGGGACACGAUCAUAUCACUGGACUUCGGCAGCGAUGACACGGAAACUGAAGACCAACAACUUGAAGAUGUCCCGUUGUACAAUGAUGUAAUGUUCCCCUCUUCUAAUGAGAAAUUAAAUAUAAAUCUGGCAAUGUCUCCAUUACCUGCCUCUGAAACUCCAAAGCCACUUCGAAGUAGUGCUGAUCCUGCACUGAAUCAAGAGGUUGCAUUGAAGUUAGAGUCAAGCCCAGAGUCACUGGGACUUUCUUUUACCAUGCCCCAGAUUCAAGAUCAGCCAGCAAGUCCUUCUGAUGGAAGCACUAGACAAAGCUCACCUGAGCCUAACAGUCCCAGUGAGUACUGCUUUGAUGUGGACAGCGAUAUGGUCAAUGUAUUCAAGUUGGAACUGGUGGAAAAACUGUUUGCUGAAGACACAGAAGCGAAGAAUCCAUUUUCAGCUCAGGACACUGAUUUAGACUUGGAAAUGCUGGCUCCCUAUAUCCCAAUGGAUGAUGAUUUCCAGUUACGUUCCUUUGAUCAGUUGUCACCAUUAGAGAGCAAUUCUCCAAGCCCUCCGAGUGUGAGCACAGUUACAGGAUUCCAGCAGACCCAGUUACAGAAACCUACCAUCACUGUCACUGCCGCAACUGCCACCACCGCCACCACCACUGAUGAAUCAAAAGCAGUGACGAAGGACAAUAUAGAAGACAUUAAAAUACUGAUUGCAUCUCCACCUUCUACCCAAGUACCUCAAGAAAUGACCACUGCUAAGGCAUCAGCAUACAGUGGUACUCACAGUCGGACAACCUCACCAGACAGAGCAGGAAAGAGAGUCAUAGAAAAAACAGACAAAGCUCAUCCAAGGAGCCUUAACCUAUCUGUCACUUUGAAUCAAAGAAAUACUGUUCCUGAAGAAGAAUUAAACCCAAAGACAAUAGCUUUGCAGAAUGCUCAGAGGAAGCGAAAAAUGGAACAUGAUGGCUCCCUUUUUCAAGCAGCAGGAAUUGUAAGUGGAACGUUACUGCAGCAACCAGGUGACCGUGCCCCUACUAUGUCGCUUUCUUGGAAACGAGUGAAAGGAUACAUAUCUAGUGAACAGGAUGGAAUGGAGCAGAAGACAAUUUUUUUAAUACCCUCUGAUUUAGCAUGUAGACUGCUGGGGCAGUCAAUGGAUGAGAGUGGAUUACCACAGCUGACCAGUUACGAUUGUGAAGUUAAUGCUCCCAUACAAGGCAGCAGAAACCUACUGCAGGGUGAAGAAUUACUCAGAGCUUUGGAUCAAGUUAACUGAGCUUUUCCUAAUCUCAUUCCUUUGAUUGUUAAUUUUUGUGUUCAGUUGUUGUUGUUGUCUGUGGGGUUUCGUUUCUGUUGGUUGUUUUGGACACUGGUGGCUCAGCAGUCUAUUUAUAUUUUCUAUAUCUCAUUUAGAGGCCUGGCUACAGUACUGCACCAACUCAGAUAGUUUAGUUUGGGCCCCUUCCUCCUUCAUUUUCACUGAUGCUCUUUUUACCAUGUCCUUCGAAUGCCAGAUCACAGCACAUUCACAGCUCCCCAGCAUUUCACCAAUGCAUUGCUGUAGUGUCGUUUAAAAUGCACCUUUUUAUUUAUUUAUUUUUGGUGAGGGAGUUUGUCCCUUAUUGAAUUAUUUUUAAUGAAAUGCCAAUAUAAUUUUUUAAGAAGGCAGUAAAUCUUCAUCAUGAUGAUAGGCAGUUGAAAAUUUUUUACUCAUUUUUUUCAUGUUUUACAUGAAAAUAAUGCUUUGCCAGCAGUACAUGGUAGCCACAAUUGCACAAUAUAUUUUCUUAAAAAUACCAGCAGUUACUCAUGCAUAUAUUCUGCAUUUAUAAAACUAGUUUUUAAGAAGAAACUUUUUUUGGCCUAUGGAAUUGUUAAGCCUGGAUCAUGAUGCUGUUGAUCUUAUAAUGAUUCUUAAACUGUAUGGUUUCUUUAUAUGGGUAAAGCCAUUUACAUGAUAUAGAGAGAUAUGCUUAUAUCUGGAAGGUAUAUGGCAUUUAUUUGGAUAAAAUUCUCAAUUGAGAAGUUAUCUGGUGUUUCUUUACUUUACCGGCUCAAAAGAAAACAGUCCCUAUGUAGUUGUGGAAGCUUAUGCUAAUAUUGUGUAAUUGAUAUUAAACAUUAAAUGUUCUGCCUAUCCUGUUGGUAUAAAGACAUUUUGAGCAUACUGUAAACAAAAAAAUCAUGCAUUGUUAGUAAAAUUGCCUAGUAUGUUAAUUUGUUGAAAAUACGAUGUUUGGUUUUAUGCACUUUGUCGCUAUUAACAUCCUUUUUUUCAUAUAGAUUUCAAUAAUUGAGUAAUUUUAGAAGCAUUAUUUUAGAAAUAUAGAGUUGUCAUAGUAAACAUCUUGUUUUUUUUUCUUUUUUUCUAUGUACAUUGUAUAAAUUUUUCAUUCCCUUGCUCUUUGUAGUUGGGUCUAACACUAACUGUACUGUUUUGUUAUAUCAAAUAAACAUCUUCUGUGGACCAGG